AUGUUGGCCACUUGUUUGUUGUUGCAAUGGGCAUCGGCCUUGGCACAUCCUCCUGCAGAUGCCGGGUGUGGAGCGGAAACCUGUGGCAACGAAAGAGCCACCGCAACUUUCUCCCCAGAACUCCCGAGCCAGGACAAGGUCGCCGCGGUCCAAGAUUGGUUGUGCGGCUUCGGAGCGGACGGUGAGGUGUCUUUGGUGUCACUGCGGUGGCUUGACGUGCAGCAGGUUUUGGAACACAGCUGCGGCUUCGUCAACAGCUCUAAGCAUGAGCGUUUUGCGCUCGUGAGGACGCACAAGACAGGCAGCACCACCGUCGCCACAACUUUCAUGCGCUCUGGAAUGUGGCUGGGGUUACGCUGGGCCGGGUGUGAUGACAAUUCACGCUUCGUGCCCCACGAGCAUGCUUGCAAGGCCCGCAAGGAUUCAAACCACUCAAGCCAGAAUGAGGGUAAGUACGAUUUUGAAGCGCGGCACACCUAUGACCGCACCACCUGGUGGACCUCAGAGCCUUAUUUGCAGCAAUGCGACGCUGACGGCAGGCAUUUCGAGCGCACUCUGAUGGGAUACGAGGAGCAGAUGGGUUCUGAGGUGAAGAUUUUUGUGUUGAUCCGCGAGGCUCAUUCACACUUGUGGUCUACACUGGACUUCUUCCAGGUUCCAUUCACCGAGUUCAAUGCAUCUGAGAGUCUUUGGAACCCUUUGGCAAAAGACCUUCGUCUGCUUCAGGAGGACCACGUAGAAAACUUCCUUGCCCGUUGGCCCUUCAAUCGCACGGGCCGCCUGCACAUCCUGGUGACCGAGGAGUUGCCAGCGUCGAUGGUUCUCUUUCGCAGAAAGGUGAGUUGGUCUUUGCGGGAUGUGGUCUUCCUUUCCAGUCGUGUUACCAAGAAGCGCAGGAAAGUACCAGAUCCUGCUUCCAUGCCGCCUGGGCGUUUGAACUGGGAUGAAAGGCUGAACGAGGUCUUGCGACCCCUCUUCAAGACCGAGCUGGGGAGGCAGUCCAAGGACUUCCAGCGUGAAGUGCUAGCGCUCAAUCGAAUCAACUCAGCACUGCCCCUGGUCUGCGCCCAAAGGGAGAGACCCUCCAAGGGCCUACUGGCAAAUGUGUGCGACGCGAAGGUUGACAGCAUGCAAGCUGGAAGGGAGCAGGUUUUGUUGUAUCGCUCGCGGCAUUGUGGAUCCCAGAAAUCCAUUGACUGA